AUGGUGGGACACAAAGAGAGAACGGAAGUUUCGAAGCAUGUGGUAAAGGUCAAGAUGGACUCUGUUGUCGAUGAGAACACGGCGAUCAACUUGGGAGGAGAGAACGUGGAAUGCAGAAUCGCCAAUAUUGGAUGGAGUCCUUACUCCCAUACAUUGAUUUUCCAUGAAUCAAAGGCAAAACAUGUUUUGACAUGUCUCCAACGUCACAUCAACAGCUUACCCAGACACAGCCCUCGUGUUCAAAUAGAAAUUGACACAAUUCCUAAGAAUUCAACUGCUCACUCGUCAUUUAUUAAGAAUGUCAAGGACACCUACAUAAAGACCAGAAAUUGGGAUACGUCACAAAUCGAGGAAUAUUUGAAAUGCCAUGAGUUUCAUGAGAGUCUCCAAAUAUCCUUUAAAUUGACUGGACAAGGUUUAAACAGUGACUCCAAACUAACAAAUGUCAAAGGUCUCACACUAUAUCAAUCAGGAGAGAUGACACCUGACAUACUGGAACAUUUCAGUGGCCAGUAUUUGGUAUUGUUUAAUUAUCCGAUUCAACAAGAGCCCUGGCGAAAUUUGAUCUUUAAAUGGAAGAGAGGAGAAGCAUAA